CUGUUUGUGGUUUAUCAUUUGUUGCAAUUACAAUUGCUAUGAUUCUUAUGUUGCGUAAGAAUCCCAAGCUUUUUAUUGAGGAAAUCAAAAUUUCUCAUAACUUUGAGACUUUUGAGUCAAUGAUACUGCAAGAAAAAGUAAAAUUUACGUUUGGAGAAGUUGUGAAGGCAAUAGAGGAUUUUCAUGACAAGUAUUGCAUCGGAAAAGGAGGAUUUGGAAAGGUAUACAAGGCGGAGCUACCAUCAAGCCAAGUUGUUGCAGUUAAAAGGCUUAACAUGUGCGGCUCUAAUGACAUUCCAGCAAUCAAUCUCCAAAGUUUCGAGAAUGAAAUCCGAACGUUGACAAAUCUCCGGCACCGGAACAUCAUAAGGCUAUAUGGGUUCUGUUCAAGGAGGGGCUGCGUCUUCUUGCUCUAUGAAUAUUUAGAGAGAGGCAGCUUGGGAAAAGCAUUGUAUGGAAUUGAAGGGGUAACUGAACUUGGUUGGGCUACAAGGCUCAAAAUUGUGCAAGGACUAGCUCAUGCACUCUCUUACUUGCACCAUGACUGCUCUCCACCAAUAGUGCACCGUGAUGUAACUGUCAACAAUGUCUUGCUCGAUUCAGAUUUCGAACCCCGACUUUCAGAUUUCGGAACAGCAAGACUAAUUAGUGCCAAUUCAUCCAAUUGGACCCAUAUUGUUGGCUCAUUUGGCUACAUGGCACCAGAGCUUGCAUUCACUAUGAGGAUAACCGAUAAAUGUGAUGUAUAUAGCUUUGGAGUGGUGGCACUGGAAGUUAUGAUGGGGAGACACCCAGGGGAUAUGCUAGAAUCCCAGCUAUCAGAAUCAUCAAAAUCAAUGAAGGACAAUGCAGAAUUUCUUUUGAAAGAUUUGUUGGACCAAAGGCUGGAGCCUCCAAGCGAUGAAUUGGCAAAGGCAGUGGUGCUUGUGAUGAGUUUAGCCUUGGCUUGUAUACGCACGCAUCCUGGGUCUCGACCUACAAUGCUUUAUGUGGCACAAAAGCUAUCAGCUUAGACCAUGCCUUGCCUUCCCGAACCAUUUGGUAUGUUGACCAUCAACAGGCUAAUGGGGCUACAAAAAUAGAAGAGAAGUGUGAAACUAGUAGGAGUUUUUCUAUGUUUUUAAGAGGGACUUCAAAAACUUGUGUUUCAUUUUUGAGAUUGACAUGGAGUGGGCAAUAAAUUAAACUGUUUGCAAAUUUCAACGUUUUUUGAGAUUGA